CACUUCUGCCGCUGUUAUCAAAAGCCGGGCGAAGAAGAAGACGGUACCCAAAUGUUUGAUAGUCGUUAAACUGAUUGUCGACAGAAAUAGUUCGAUUUGCGAUGGGGAGGCUUUGGAUCCCCGCCAUCUUUUUACUGCUCAGCAGUCUGCAGCUUCAAUUGGCUUCUACCGAGGACGAAUACUUCGUGGACGCCCAUCCCAAAGAAUUAACUGAUUCCCUGUUGUUUGAGUAUGAUGAUGUCAGAAGACCCACACCAACAAAGGGUUUAUUGUACCCCAGGGACUCGGAGACCCGUGAAGUGCGGAGCUUGGAUGGAAUGUGGGAACUGGUUAGGAGUGACCCAUCUGACCCCUUACAGGGUAUCAGGGACAAGUGGUUUACGGGUGGCCUGAGAAAGACCGGAAGGGAGAUUAUUUCGAUGCCAGUGCCUGCCUCCUAUAACGACAUCACCACGGAUAGCUUACGGGAUCACGUUGGCACCGUGUGGUAUGAGCGUACUUUCUUCGUUCCGCGCUCCUGGGAGGCUAUACAGCGCACUUGGCUACGAUUCAGCAGCGUUCACUAUUCGGCCGUGGUUUGGAUCAACGGAAAGAACGCCACAAGUCACUCUAUAGGCCACCUACCCUUUGAGUCGGAGAUCUCGGGACUGCUCAGUUUUGGCGGUAAUAACAGGAUCACGGUGAUGUGUGACAAUCGCUUAAGCAACCGUACCAUUCCUCAGGGCUCAGUUUACAACGCGGCUACGGACAACGGCUCUGUGCCCGUCCAGAGUUACACUUUCGAUUUUUUUAACUACGCGGGAAUUCACAGGAGUGUUCAUUUGUACACGACCCCUCUGCUUCACAUAAGCGACUUGGAGGUCACCACCCAAAUAUCUAACGACGGAUUGGGCCGCAUAGACUACCGCGUGUGGUUGGAUGGGAGCAAGGAAGGCCUCCUCGUCCAGCCCACCCAUCUUCGGGUGCAACUGAGGGACAAAGAUGGUCAUGUGGCUGCCCAGCAGAUCAACGAGGCGGUCUACCAUGGUACUCUGCUGGUGGUCAAUGCAACUCCCUGGUGGCCCUACCUAAUGCAUUCCGAUCCCGGCUACCUAUACAAUCUCCAAUUUGAGCUAUUUGUGGACAGCAAAGAGGAGGAGUCGGGAGCUCUGCAGGAUACCUACCGCCUCCCAGUGGGCAUACGCAGUUUAAGCUGGGACAACGACAGCCUGGUUCUGAAUGGCAAACCCCUCUAUCUGCGGGGAUUUGGACGGCACGAGGACUCCGAUAUCCGUGGCAAAGGCUUGGAUAAUGCACUUCUUGCUCGAGACUUUAAUCUGCUGAAGUGGAUUGGAGCCAAUGCGUAUCGCACCUCUCACUAUCCCUAUUCCGAAGAGUCGAUGCAGUUUGCCGAUCAGCAUGGGAUCAUGAUUAUUGACGAGUGUCCUGCUGUCAAUAUAGACAUCUUCGAGCCGCAGCUACUGGAGCACCACAUGUCCUCGCUGGAGCAACUGAUCCACCGAGACAGAAACCAUCCAAGUGUUAUUGCAUGGUCGGUGGCCAAUGAGCCGAGAUCGACGAAGCAAAGAGCUCUUAAAUACUUCGAAUCCCUGGUAAAAUAUGCGAGAGACAUUGCGCACGGACGCCCUCUCACAGCGGCUAUAAAUGCCAACUCUUCCACCUGCCAUUUGGCGCAGUUUCUGGACAUCGUGGGCUUCAAUCGCUAUAACUCUUGGUAUCAGAACUCGGGCCGUACUGACAUGAUAAUAAACCUGUUGACGAAAGAGGCACAAAGUUGGCGGGAUAAGUUCGGAAAGCCGGUCAUCCAAUUCGAGUACGGCGGCGACACUAUGGAGGGCAUGCAUUCACUUCCAGCCUUUAUUUGGUCGGAGGAAUACCAGGUUGAGCUCUUCUCCCGCCAUUUCAGGGCUUUCGACGAGCUACGUGGGAGAGGAUGGUUUAUUGGAGAGUUUGUUUGGAACUUCGCCGAUUUUCGGACCGCGCAGACCAUUACCCGUGUGGGCGGUAACAAGAAAGGAGUCUUCACAAGGAACCGGCAACCCAAAGAAGUGGCUCACAUCCUUAGACGGCGGUACUUCGCAUUAGCCAACGAGUUGGAUAUGUCUGAGCUGCCUGAGGAUCUGCCCAUUUACAUUUCCAAGCAUAUCCAUAACGAACUUUAAAUCAGGUAUUCGCACAGCCAGUGCCGCACAAGGUGUUCUUAUAAAGACCAUGCUUCCAUGAUUUAUAUGAUGAUGUUAA